GACGAAGAGGACGUGCGCGAGGGCUGUCCCCAGAACCGGGAGGAAGCGGCCGCCCUGGGCCGUCGCUGCCUGCGCAAGUGCAAGACGGACGAGGACUGCAUCAGCACCAAGAAGAAGUGCCUCUGCGACGGGCUCUGUGGCUGGAGCUGCGUUCGGCCCGACCUGAACUGCGACGAGCUGCAGCCGCUGGAGAACGGUCAGUUCCGGGUGAGCGGGGACUACUUCGGAGCCCGGGUGUACUACGAGUGCGACGACAACUUCUGGAUGUCCGGCCCCAAGGAGCGCAUGUGCCAGGGCGACGGACGCUGGAGUUCCAGGGCGCCAGAGUGCAAGAAGCAACCGUCAUGCAACACUCCCCCGAGCGUGCCCCAUUCGCGGACCAACGCGAGCGACGGUGCCCGGGACUUUGUGAUCAAUUCGACGGUGCGCUACAACUGCUUCCCCGGGUACGAUGCCAGGGGCUUCGACGUGGCAAAGUGCAUCUUUUACAACAGCUCCGCCCAGUGGUUUGGGCCGGACCUCAAGUGCGAACCCAAGAGCUGCGGUCCUCCCGGCGAAGUGGAGCACGGGCGUCGCAUGGGCACGAUGACCCGCUUCACAAGCUCGGUGAAGUACGAGUGUCACGAGGGCUACGAGCUGUUCGGCAGGGCACACCGCUACUGCCAGUCCUCCGGGCAGUGGAGCGGCACGCUGCCCGAAUGCAGACCGGUGCAAUGCGACAAGCCCGACGAUCCGCUGAACGGCCGAGCCAUCUACACGGAGCUGCUGUUCAACUCGCUGGUGAAGUACGAGUGCCGCCACGGGUACCGCAUCAAGGGACCGCCCACGGCCAGGUGCAACUCCCAGCGGCAGUGGGAGGGCGCCCCGACACACUGCGUCGAGAUCGACUGUGGCCACCCGGGCCACCUGCACAAUGGCUACGUGGAGUUCCGCGUAUCGACGCUGAACGCUAAGGCUUCGUACAACUGCUUCGACGGCAUGAAGUUCCAGGGCCAAGCCAACAGCAGCGUCUGCCUCGACACCGGAAACUGGUCCAACCCGCUGCCCAAAUGCCUCGCGCCGUGCAAGAUUCCCGCGCUGGAGCACGCGUUCGUGAACCUUUCCACUCCGGAGUCGCGACUGGAGCACGGCCGCCUGCUCAACGUGAGCUGCCAGGAGCACUACGAGCUCGCGUACAACGCCACGCCACCCAAGUGCAACAACGGAUCCUGGACACACCUCCCCAUCUGCGCACCGGCGCGCUGCAAGAGCCUCCCCGAGCGUCCGGCGCACGGCAUCGUGAUCGCGCCCAAGACAGAGCACGGCAUGCGGGCGCUCUUCCACUGCGUGGACGGCUACGAGUUGGUGGGGCCCAACGUGACCGUCUGCCAGUUCGGCAACUGGACUCACAAGACGGUGCCGGUGUGCAGAGAGAUAACGUGCAGCCUCCCGUCGGUGGAGCACGGCUCGUUCCGGGAGCUGACGACAGAGCGGCCUCUGGAGCCCGACGAGAGCGUGGGCCACGGCACCCUGGUCGAGCUCUUCUGCGACCCCGGCUACCAGGUCCAGGGACAACCGGAGCUCCGCUGCUGGCAGGGCGGAUGGGGACCCGCGGCCUUCCCAGAGUGCUUGCCAGAGCCGUGCGAGCUGCCGACGCUGGGCCAGGGCCACUACCUGGGCGGCUACCGGGCGGGCCUGACCAUCUCGCCGGGCUCCUCGGUCGAGUACGACUGCGACGAGGAGACGGUGCGCCUGACGCCGCCGCUGCUGCGCUGCCAGGAGGGCCGCCUCAGGCCCGACGCGCCGGGCUGCUCGUCGGAGGCAGAGGCGACGCCGGCCUUCGACAGAGUUCCGGGGGAAUACCCCGACACCCAGAAGAAGGAAGGUCAAAUGGCGUUGGCGGCGACGACCUCGGCAGCGACUCCUCUUCCUCACCCGACGACGACCUGGCCUUCCCCGCGGUUCUCUGGAGGUGACGUCGCCGUGCCACCUUCGAGGGCGGCGUUGGCCUCGGCGUCCCUCUCGAACCGGGCCUGCAGCGCCCCGGAGCGACUCCACAACGCCCUGGCGUACCAGUCCCCGUCCCCAGACGAGGAGGGCGACGUGCAGGGCGUGCUGCAGUUCCCGCACGGCACCGAGGUGGUGUUCCGGUGCAUCGACGGCGCCGGCGGGGAGCGCAGCACCUGGAAGCUGCUCUGUGAGGACGGCAGCUGGCUGGGGCGACCCGAGAAGUGCGAGGAGGUCGACCCCCGGCUGUCGGUGCCCCGGGAAGAGCGUCGCAACCGCUCGUGCGUGUUCCGGCACGCGGAGCCCAACCUGGAAGCGUUCUUGGGCGACCGGCGCGUCACGGAGGACGCGGUCCACCUGCCGCCGGGCACCGAGCUCGUGUUCCGCUGCAAGGACAUCGGCAAGUACAGCCUCAUCGGCAGCACCCGGCGUCGCUGUGUGUACGGAGACUGGGACGGCAUCAAGCCCUCCUGCUUCGGCCUCUCGCAGGAGAACGACUACGCCCUGGAGAAGCCCCCGACGAUCCUGUUCCGGCCCCACGUGACCCCCGUGGCACAGAGCAACGACGGCAAGCUCAUCGUGUACCCGGGCGCCAUCCUGCACCUCGAGUGCCUCUGGCUGCGCAAGUACGGAACACCCAAGUGGGAAGUGAGCCACAAGAGCCGAAAGUACGCCGAAGGCUGGACCACUGAGCCCGGCAGGGAUUCUCAGCUGGAGUACCGACUGUCCAUCUACCACGCCAAAAAGGACGACACGGGCCGCUACACCUGCGUUACUCCGAUGGGCCACAAGCACUCGGUGGACAUUGUCGUGUCUCCCGUUCACUGCGACCCCCUGCCGAACGUGAGCGGCCUGUUGGUGAGUACGACGAACACGAGAAUGGGCACCAAGGUGGUCUUCUCGUGCGAGGAAGGCAAGCGCAUCCAGGGAAGCCAGCAGGCCACCUGCCUGCCUUCGGGAAACUGGUCCGCCGACCUCCCGUACUGCCAGGUCGCGGAGUGCCAGGACAUCUCGGAUUCGUCCGACGGCCUGGUGAUGGUGAAGGCAGACGACAGAGUCGUCGGCUCCAGGGCCCACUUCUCUUGCCCUCAGGGCUACGGCCUCAGGGGCCAGGCCCGCGUCGAGUGCCUGGACACGGGCCAGUGGUCGGGUCCUCUGCCCUCCUGCGUGGAGGUACGGUGCAGCGGCCUGCCGGCUCCCGAGAACGGCUUCAUCGAGGGCGGGUCGUCCGGUGAGUCGCGGGAGUACCGGGGCGGAGACUUGGUCCGGUUCGGCUGCCGGACGGACCACAUGAUGCUCGGCGCGGGAGUGGUCGUCUGCGAGGAGAACGACCGCUGGAGCGCCCCUGUGCCUAAGUGCGUGCCGGCGUGCCAGUACCCCAGCGUGCGCGAGGGUGCCCGCAUCUCGUCGCGAGUGAGCUACUUCUACCGGAUCAACGAGACGGUGACGUUUGAGUGCCCGGACGGGUUCCAGCUGAGGGGAAGCCCCAUGAUUCAGUGCAUCGGACGGGGACGCUGGUCGGCCGCCGUGCCCCGCUGUCAGCCGCUGCACACGGGCAGGGCUCCGGGGCUCUGACUGGACGCCUAAGACUCUCUCAAAGUGGACCGCUCAUCGAACAACUAGCCGGGGACUGCGUCGGGCUCUUUUGGAGGACCACUGGGCGUACCACAUUGCCUUCGUCGACCAUUGAAAGCAGCAUUCGAUUUACAAAGAAUAUAUUGAGACCAACGCGUGGCUCUGUCGUCAAGCAGCUGUGGUGGCGCUGCGGUCGGCACGACGCAUGUGCAGACGCUUGUUUGCAUUGGUCUAUACGCGUUGUUCAAAUGUCGAUUUAGACGGGCACACUGUUUAGUAACAAGUGGUACAAGUGGGCCCACGCGGACAGCGAGCGAUUGUUUCGGUUGCUGCGAGCGCAGUAACAAGACCUCGCUGUAACCGGUCAUUGUUUUUUUGCGUAAAUUACAUUUACGGGAUAAACCGCCCCUUAGGACUUCUUGGUCUCAGGGUGCACUCUCUGAAGUGCUUUCGGUGAUUGAGCACCAACAGGUGACCUGCGGGAUGUAGGCGUGCCGCCAUACUGUAUUAGAGUGUGCUUAUGAGAAAAGAAGACAGGGGUACGCCCGGCAAACUCCAAAUCGGUCCGACGCUACCAUUCUUUGUCCUCCGUGACGCGUUUUCGCCGUCGCCUGAAGUGCCGUUAAAAGAAGCCAUGAUUCCGCGCGCCACAGAAACUAAAAACUGUGAACGUCUUCCACGAUGCGGCGUCGCAGCGUCGUCAACAAGGGUGAGCAACCCAGGCUCUGCAAGAAAAGAAACAAAACAAACUAAAAAAAAAAAAAACUCGGCAGCAAUUAGGUGAAGGAGAGCUGAGCAAAGGGUACGCCAACAACGUUAAUUGUGAACUUUUCAAACGUGUAACGUUUCUUUCGAAAUGUUAAAAUGAAAGAAACAAAAGUCCUUACGCAGGUAAGUAUAACAAUGUGUGUUCCUCACAGUUCUCGCCACAGUUGAAAGCUGUCAUACUGUUGUGUAGAAGUGACGUCUUCUAUACUUUCGGACAAAUAGCUCUGUAACCGCCGUUUGUUGAUCUUUUUUUUCUUUUUGUUUUAAUUGUGAGAGGCUUUUGUUUACGUCUUGAGUGAGAAACAUAUCACAAGCCGAAUCUCAGCGCUGAAGUCGCUAGUGAAUACUUUGUACGUUAGUGUGAUGUACGCUGAUAGGAACAGAAGUAAUGUUUGAUUGAAUAACGCUAAGACUUGCCUCUAAAGCAUCACUGAAGAGCGAACCGCCUCACAAAAGAACCGGAAAUUGUUUUAUGUUGUUAAAGCGUCAACACUGAGUCUCGGAUACCUGUCUGUAUUUGUAGCACCCUCCCUAUUUCUGUACACUCAACUGACGGUUACAGCUAAAAAAGACACCGAUUUCUUUUAUCGUGAUUUCAUUAAUUGCACAUACAUUGUUAUCCCUGAGCGCUUUAGGCGGAGAAGCGUUCUGGAUAAAGGCGGCACCACUGUAUUGAGUUAUGAGCCCAUUAACUCUAAGAGCCUUCACCAAUAACUGAAUGCAAAACUAAAAGGUCUCAGAGUCAAAACGAUCUAAAAUGGUGUUCUCUAAUGCCCCAGUUGAGAACGUACGAAGUGCAUAUGCAAUGUUUAUACACAGAUGUGGCUAAUUUCGGGUAAGGUGCCAAAUGUAAGGAACUUGAGCCGUGAAUUCGGUGUGAGUAAGCAGUUUGAAAAUAUAUAUAUACAUAUGAUUUAGCGCAGAUAUUAUUGUCGUCAAGUCGAUACUUCCACCUUCAGGUAGAACCGCAAACGCAGUGCCUCGACGUGUGCUUCUCCCAUUUGUGCGUUCGAGGACCUGUCAAGUGUGCUGCCCUUUUCGUCGGUCAACGUACUUUCAUAUCACGACUAAAAUAAAACGAGACGACUAUUCAA